AUGGGGCUCGAGCAAGACGGCAUUCCAGACACGGGCAUAGACGCAGAAGCGCCAAUUGCCACGCACCCGACACUUAACAAUGUCGACUUUGGCCUUCAAAUUGGCUUCGAGGAGAUCCUCGCCGAUGUGGACCCUGACAUCUCGCUCGAUUACCUGAAAAAGGCCGAAGCCCACGCGGGCAAGCCGCCGCCGACGCGCGUGCCACGAGAGACGCUGGUGAGCACGCACAACCGCUACGUGGAGCAGCAGCAGGCUCCUGAGCAGCAGAACGCCCCGCGAAUUGUGAAGAAGGUUGUCCUUGCGCUCUCUUACCCGCCUUGUGUAAAAUCUGUCGUAGAAUUGUCGCCGAUGCACCUGGACGACCUCUUGGUUGAGAAUCACCACGAGGACAAGUAUCUUGUUCUCAGAACAAUCUGCCCACCACACAAAGGAGCCGGUACUAUCACAAUCGUCGAAGAUGAGAAUGGCAAUACCGACAAGUUGGCGCUGUACAACCAGGGUAGCUCGACCAUCCUGCAGGCUGUUCCGGAAGGGUCUGUGAUCCUUCUCAAAGAACCGUACUACAAGUUCAACGGCGAUGAUGACUUUAUGCUUUGCGUUGAUCACCCUUCAGAUGUAGUUUUACUUCGACAUGGCCCCGACAACUCACUUAUCCCGGGCAGCUUCAGGCAAGCUCCCGGAUCCCAGGUAGCAUCGGAAUGGCGAGAUGCGGGGGAUGUGGCAUUCAUAUCAAAGAACCUGCCGUUGGCUGUAGUCAACUAUACAAGGGCCCUGGAGCUUGCAGUAAUGGACGACAAGGUCUUCAGAGCUGACUUGCUAUUAAAACGUGCGGGCAUCCAAUUAGCAACCAAGCUCCUGGACAGUGCAAUCGCCGAUGCUCUCGCAUCAAGGAGUGGCGGACCGACCGACUGGAAAGCCUACUUCAUCGCCGCCAAAGCCGCGUAUGAACUCAGAAAUUUCCAGAUCAGCAAGCAGUACUUUGACUCAGCUCUGGAACUGAAGCCUGGAGAAGCCAACGUCCAAAAAGACUAUGAGCGCUGCCUGUCAAGACUCCAAGAGGAAAGGGGAGACUACGAUCUCGCUACCAUGACGCUGGACGUGUCCGCCAAGAACAUCCACAUCGACAGGGCGAGCUUCCUCUCAAGGACCGAAGUCAGAGACUCGCCCCAUCAUGGCCGCGGCCUUUUUGCAACGGAGGACAUCAGGGCGGGCGAGAUGGUCUUCGCCGAGAGGGCUGCCAGCGUGCCCAACGAGUUCAACCCGAACCACAACGCCGCCGCCGCCUACGCCCAGCUCAUCGAGCUGUGCGCGGACAAUCCGACCGUCCACAAGAGGGUUCUCGACCUAUACGGCGGGACGUACAGACGCUCGGGACACGAGGGAACCAUCGUCGACGGCAAACCCGUCGUCGACGUCUUCCUUCUGGAGUCCAUCCGCCGCAAGAACUGCUUCAGCGGCGACCUGGUCACGGCGCAGGCCGCAAAGCCGGGCUGGGACAUUUGGAAGCAGGGCAUGUCCCGCGGGCUGUGGGUGCACGCCGCCUACGCCAACCACGCUUGUCUUCCCAACACCAACAGGUCCUUCAUCGGCGACAUGCUCAUCGCCACGGCCACGGUCGACAUCCCCGCCGGCACGGAGAUCACGCACAUCUACCUCCCGCCCAAGGCUGCAUACCUGCUCCGCAUGUCGCAGUUCCGGCACAGCUGGGGGUUCGUGUGCAGCUGCGCGCUCUGCGAGGGCGAGGGCCGGUCACCUACCGAGCAGCACAAGAAGCGCAACGCGGCGCUGGCCGAGUUCGAAGCGAUGGUCAGGCAGAAGCCGCCGGCGCGCUUUCAACCAGACGCUACGAUCCGCCAGGUCGAGAGGCUGGCCAACAGACUCUCGGCGCUGCACGAGGCCGAAGUCUACGACGGCCCAGGCCUCCCGCGGCUGAUGCUCGUCUGGCCGACCAUGUGGCUUGUCGAGGCCUCGCACUCCCGGAAGCAGUGGGGUAAGGUCGUCCGGUGGGCGAACGAGGUCUUCCGCAACUUUGGCUUUGCGGAGCCGGUGCGGGAGGGCCGUCUGUGGGUAUACAAGGACACGCGGGCGGUCACGACGUUCGAGGUCGUCAAGGCGCUGAAGCUCUCGGCCGAGGCGUAUGCUGCGUUGGGAAGAGAGGUGUUGGCGCGGGAUUGCCUGGACGCAGCGAGGGUUGGGCUGAAGACCAUGGUUGGACAUGUGAGUGACGAGACGUUCAAGGCGUUCCGAUAA